GAAGCGAGCCUCCAGUUCGACGUAGCUCCGCGGUGGCCCGGCGGGCCGAGGCGGGAGCAGAUGGAGACUUCAGCGGCCAAGUCCAAGCCGCAGUGCCGGCUACUAGCUUCUACUCAGCUGGACGCCAAAGACGAGCUGGAGGAGCGGUUGGAGAGAUGUGUCAGUGUCGUCCAGUCUCUGACCAGUGGGAUGUCAGAGAGAGAAGCGAAUGACGCCCUCACUGCCAACGUGUGUAAAGGCCCCCAGCAGCAUGAGGAGGUCUGCCUCGGCCUGUUUACUCUCAUCCUCACAGACUCCAGCCAGGCUCAGAGGUGCUAUCGUGACCUGACUCUGUUGAACCGGGAUGGAAUGAAUGUAGUUCUGGUGAAGAUCAACCAGAUUCUGAUGGAGAAGUUCCUGAAGCUGCAGGACAUCGUCAGAACUCAGCUGAUGUGGCUGGUCAAAGAGCUGGUGAAGGGCGGAGUCAUGGGAGCGGACAGUGUUGUCAUGACGAUGCUGAAGCAGAUAGCAGGAGGUGAUAUUUCGCAGAAGAAUUUGUGGCUUGCAGAGAAUGUUCUCGACGUUCUGCUGGAGCAAAAAGAGUGGGUAUCUAAGAGCAGCAUGCUGGUGUCCAUGUCGGUCUACACGUACCUGCGUCUGAUCGUGGAUCACGGGACGCCGACGCUGCUCCCUCUACGUCAGAAGGAAGUGGACUUCUGCAUUUCCAUGCUGCGGGACAAGUUCAUGGACUGCGCUGUGAUCGGCCGGGACCUGGUGAGGCUGUUACAAAACGUGGCGCGGAUCCCUGAGAUGGAUCUUCUGUGGAGGGAUCUUCUGCACCACCCGCAGGUGUUGAGCCCUCAGUUCACAGGCAUCCUGCAGCUGUUGACCACUCGAACAUCCAGAAAGUUCUUGGCCUGUCGUCUGACCCCCGACAUGGAGACUAAACUGCUGUUUAUGACGUCACGGGUCCGCUUUGGACAGCAGAAGCGAUACCAGGACUGGUUCCAGCGUCAGUACCUGUCCACGGCCGAGAGCCAGACUCUGCGCUGCGAUUUGAUUCGCUACAUCUGCGGUGUGGUCCAUCCCUCUAAUGAGGUCCUGAGCUCAGACAUCCUCCCACGCUGGGCCAUCAUCGGCUGGCUGCUGACAACAUGCACGUCCAACGUUGCAGCCUCCAACGCCAAACUAGCACUCUUCUACGAUUGGCUGUUCUUCAACCCAGAAAAGGACAGCAUCAUGAACAUAGAACCAGCCAUUUUAGUGAUGCAUCACUCCAUGAAACCGCAUCCAGCUAUCACAGCCACAUUGCUGGACUUCAUGUGCCGGAUCAUUCCUCACUUCUUCCCUCCGCUGGAGUCUCAGGUCCGUCACGGCGUCUUCAACUCUUUGACCUUCAUCAUGGAGAAAAGAGUUUUGGCCCACUUGGCGCCGCUCUUUGACAACCCUAAACUUGACCGCGAGCUCCGGGCCAUGCUGCGGGAUCGGUUUCCCGAGUUCUGCGGCAGUUCACCGUCACCACUCACAGAAGGAGCCGUCAAGAUGGAGGAGUCCGUCACCAUGGAGAUGGACCCACAGGCCCUAGACAAGGAGGAGGGUUGCUAUGACAACACAGAGGCUGCGUUCAGCGACGAUGAGGAGGAGGUCCACAGCAAAGGGAAGAAGCGAGAGUUCCGCUUCCAUCCCAUCAGAGAGAUGUCCCCAGGUGAGCCGACCGACAUCACACCUUGGCUGGACCAGCUGGAUGAGAGCACCAAGUCCAAAGUGGUUCAGCUGCAGAAAUCUAGUGACACAGAGACGCAGUGUGAGCUGAUGCAGGACCUGGUGGACCAUGUCCUUGAGGAGGACUUUGACUCGGAGCAGAUGUCGUCGCUGGCCUUGUGUCUCUCUGAAAUCUUCAAGGAUCAUUUCCGUGGGGACGUCCUGCCUGAAGACAUCACAGAGGAGUCGCUGGAGGAGUCAGUGUGCAAGCCGGUGUGUCUGAUCUUCAGGAAUCUGGUGACGAUGCAGGAGGACAACAGCGGCUUCUCAGUUCUGCUGGAUCUGCUGGCAGAAAUGUACCAGAAGCAGCCCAAGAUCGGAUACCACCUUCUGUAUUACCUGAAGGCCAGCAAAGCAGCCAAUGGGAAAAUGAUGCUCUAUGAGUCGUUCGCCCAAGCCACGGCUCUUGGCGACUUGCACACAUGUCUGAUGAUGGACAUGAAGGCGUGUCAGGAGGAUGACGUCAGGCUCUUGUGUUACCUCACACCCUCCAUCUACUCAGAGUUUCCAGAUGAAACCCUUCGUAGCGGGGAACUUCUCAACAUGAUUGUGGCGGUCAUUGACUCCAUCCAGUUGCAGGAGUUGAUGUGUCACGUGAUGAUGGGAGACCUCGUGAUGUUCCGCAAGGACUCGGUCCUCAACAUCCUGAUCCAGUCUCUGGACUGGGAGACGUUUGAACAGUUCAGCACAUGGCAGCUCUUCCUGUCUCACAGCCUCCCCCUGGAGACCGUCAUUCCCAUUCUACAGCACCUCAAGUACAAAGAACAUCCAGAAGCAAUGUCAUGUCUUCUGCUACAGCUGCGACGAGAGAAGCCAACUGAGGAAAUGGUGAAGAUGGUCCUGAGCCGACCAUGUCACAGAGAGGACCAGUUUGCCACGAGCGUGCUUCGACACUGGACCAUAAAACACGAGGACACGCUAGCGGAGCACGUGAAGAACCAGUUGAUUAAGAACAACAACCAGCCGCGCAAGAGGCAGAGUCUGCGCAGCUCGAGUAGUAAACUGGCCCAGCUGACUCUUGAGCAGAUCCUGGAGCAUCUGGACAACCUGAGACUGAGCCUGAGCACCAGCAAGAACAACUUCUUCAGUCAAACUCCGAUCCUUCAGGCUCUUCAGCAUGUCCAGGCCAGCUGUGAUGAAGCACACAAGAUGAGGUUCAGCGACCUCUUCUCGCUAGCCGAGGAGUACGAAGACUCGCAGUCCAAGCCGCUCAAGUCUCGACGGAAAGCCACAGCAGCUGCCACUUCGCCCCGCCCUCGCAAGGGUGUGGCUCCACCUACCACCACGGAGGAAGAGACCGCCUCAAGUAGCGCCUCGGAUGAAGAGGACUCAAAGCCAAAGGCUCCAAAGAGGAAGAGGAAAGGUUCAUCAGCUGUCGGGUCGGACAGCGACUGACCCGUCACGCCAGCUCUCGCUGGACAUCAGACUGCCAUUAGAGCGUUUUUUUUGGGGGAGGGGGGGGGGGCUGGUGCUCCUGGUGUUUUUAAAUCCAUUGAAAUUAAGACCUCUCAUGUUUUGCUGUCUCCGAAAAUAGACUUUUA